AUGGGCCCGCCGAGCCAGCUCUGGAAGCGGCCCGCCCAGCGCCGCCUCUCCCGCUGCCUCCCGUCGGGGGCCGCCCGCAGCUCCACCGCCCCGGCGCUGGCCCCGGCCCCGGCCCCGGCCGCCGCCCGGCCGCUGCCCUACGAAGCCAUCCCGCGCAGCGGCCGCAGCGCCUGGCUCAGCCUGUACCGCCUGUGGCGGAGCAACAGCUUCCAGCGCUUCCACCUGGUCAUGCAGCGCAACUUCCAGCGCCUCGGGCCCAUCUACAGGGAGACCGUAGGCACCUACAACUGUGUCAACGUGCUGCUGCCCCGAGACGCGGCCCAGCUCUUCCAGUCGGAGGGGAUCUUCCCGCGGCGCAUGGGCAUCGAGUCCUGGAUCGCCCACCGCCAGCUCCGCAACCACAAGUGCGGCAUCUUCCUGCUGAACGGGGAGGAGUGGCGCUCGGACCGCCUGAUCCUCAACAAGGAGGUGAUCAGCCCUACGGGCACCCGGAAAUUCCUGCCCUUCCUCAACGCAGUGGCCCAGGACUUUGUCACCCUCAUGCACCGGCGCAUCAGCAAGAAUACGCGCCGCUCGCUCACCAUCGACCUCUACGGCGACCUGUUCCGCUUCACCCUGGAGGCCAGCAGCUACGCCCUGUACGGGGAGCGCCUGGGGCUCCUGGAGGAAAGCCCCAACGUGGAGUCGCAGAGGUUUAUCGGCGCCGUGGAGACCAUGCUGCGGACCACCUUGCCGCUGCUCUUCAUCCCCCCGGGCCUCAUGCGCUGGGUCAACACCAAGCUGUGGAGGGACCACAUCGAGGCCUGGGACACCAUCUUCAAGCAUGCGGAUAAGUGUAUCCAGAACAUCUACCAGGAGUUCUGCCUGGGGCAGCCCCGGAAGUAUUCGGGGAUCAUGGCGGAGCUGCUCAUGCAGGCGGAGCUGCCGCUGGACUCCAUCAAGGCCAACAUCACUGAGUUCACCGCGGGCGGCGUGGACACGACUGCCAUGCCCCUGCUCUUCACCCUCUUCGAGCUGGCCCGCAACCCCAGCGUCCAGACGGCCAUUCGCCGGGAGAUCGCCGAGGCCGAGUCGCAGGGCCCGAGGGAGCUCGCCAAGGUGCUGAACUCCAUGCCCCUGCUCAAGAGCACCCUCAAGGAGACCCUGAGGCUCUACCCUGUGGGCAUCACGGUGCAGCGCUACCCAACCAAAGACGUGGUGCUCCAGAACUACUGCGUGCCGGCUGGGACCCUGUGCCAGGUGGGGCUGUACGCCAUGGGCCGGAGCCCCGAGGUGUUCAGCAACCCCGAGCGCUACGACCCCCUGCGCUGGCUGAGCAAGGAGGAUAACAGCUUCAAGGCCCUGGCCUUCGGCUUCGGGGCCCGGCAGUGCAUCGGCCGCCGCUUGGCAGAGACCGAAAUGAUGCUGUUCCUCAUGCACGUGCUGCGGAACUUCCGGAUUGACACGGUGUCCAAGGCAGAUAUUCAAACCGUCUUCGGGUUUAUCCUCAUGCCGGAGAAGCCGCCUCUGCUCACGUUUCGGCCCAUCGACUGAGCCCCUCACCCCAGCUCCCCGCCUGCUCCUUUCGCACUCAGUGCUGAUGAAUGCGAAGUGAUGCAUGUUGGAAAACAUCAUCUCAACUCUACAUAUAAAAUGGUGAGGUCUAAAUCA